AUGGAACCGCACACGUUUUGCGGCCCCGAGUUCAUUCUCGAGGUGCCGCCCCAGAGUCUCUCCUGCGUGCUGGAGGGCGUGCAAGAGACGGCGGCGGCCGUGGCAGCAUCGACGCCGGCCGAGUUCUCUGCGUCCCCUGCUCCUGCGGAGUCGAAUCAGCCAGGCACCACCACCACCAGCUCCAGCAGUAGCACCGUUGGUGCUGCGUCACGCGGUUGGACUGUGCAGCCGUCAGCCCUUUUACGCAUACAAAAUGAGCUCUACGGCGUUUGCACAGCCGAGGUGCGUCGACAUGUUCACGCCAACCGGGCGCUCAUCGAGUGUAUGGCAACAGAUGUGCGUCGAGGGAUGGAAAUGGUGUCGCGGCGCAUGGCCCAUUUCGGCCGCAUUGUUCUUCCCGCAAGCUAUGGCAGCACCAGCGGUGGUGGCGUGCCGCCCCCUCCGUCGGAGGUGGUGUUUGUGCAGGCGAAGCCAACAACGGCGCUCAAUCCGGAGGAGGUGGCAUCGCUGCAACAGUCGGUGCGUGUGGCGGCCACCUCGUCCUCCUCAACUAAUCUGGCCGCUUCCGCUGCUGCUGGUUCAUCCUCACCGUCAGCGUCAUCGACAUCUUCCGCUAACACGUACCUGCUGCUCUACAUCACAGACUCGCGCGUCGCCGCGCAGCUGCACAUGCUGUGCCUCCGCAACGCCUUUAUUGCCCUGCCCCAUGCUUGCCGUCUGCUGAACUACUUUGUUUCCACUGGUCGCGCUGCCGCCAUUGUGCCGAGCCAGGUAUACCAGAAGCGAGAGCUGCUUAGGUCGCACCUCAACUUCGAUGCUGAGCUGUGGGGUGUGCUGGAGUCGAGGCUCACGGAUGGGCUGGUGGAGCGGGUGCGCAGCUCCGGCGCCGCGCCAAGUGGAGGUCGACUCUUUACGGCUUUCGAGCAGCACGAGCAGAAUGUGAAGGCGGUGCUGCACUACUGCGAGACGAACGUGUGCUACGCCGGUGUCUUUGAUGAUCACGAGGAAGCGAGCCCGUUUCUGGUGGCGAUGGGGCUGUGCUGGCGACUUGGGCUCACGAUGGACGACGUGUGCAGGCACUUUGCCCGUCACCCCCGCCGCGUCAUUCGCGCCUUGGCACUCUACCUCGCCCGCUACACUCUCGCGCCGGAGGACUACGUGUACUUCUUCACCCCGUCUCUUUGCGAUGAGGUGGUCAUUGCCUGCACCGAAGAUGCUCAAGUCACACUCUCGAUGAGGGACCUGAGCCGGCAGCUGCUCACAAAGAACGAUGUCGUAGAUGCGUGGCUCCCGAUCUUGUCGAAACACUGGCAGGUGAAUGUGGUGGCGCCGGCUAUGGCGUUCAUGGAGACCUGCUGGAGGUUGCAGUCCCAGGGCAGUCGCGGUGGCGGCGAGGGGGAUGCUGCUGCUGCGUCACCCGGCGCAUCCACAGGAGCGUCACAGCUGUUUACGGAGGCCGACGGGUCUGCCAGGGGCGAGCCGGAGCGCGUGCACGGCAAAGGCCGCGGCGUCGCUGCCACCUUUGGAUUUCGAAGUAUUGCUGAGAUUGCCGACCACGCUGCGCAGCACGCGCGUGUGCUGGUGCCGCAGAGCAUUGCAGCGAUACUGAAACGGCGCCGUGGCCUAGAAGAGGAGGUCUUUGGCGGUAGCGGUGGCCGUUGGGGUGGAGAUGGCGACGAUGCUGUGGACAUCCUUGGCGAUGACUACGAUGACGAUGACUUCCUCAUUCAUGUGGACGUGCGCGGCGGUGACGAGGACGGCGAUGCAGAGGGGUCUGGCGUCAUGGGAGGCCAGCGAUACGGCGGUAGCAGCGACCUUCCCUUUCCAUCCACGAAGCGUGUGCGAACUGGCGCCGCCAAGGACGGCAGCGGCCACGGCGGCGUAGCGCUCGAUCCGCAUCGGCGCAUUAUGCGGGAAGGGCUGAAGCUGACGCUCUCCUUGCUCGGCCGCCGGGAUCUCUUCAGGAAAGAUGAGGAGCACUACAUCGAGUUCUGA